ACUUAUUGCCUAAUCUUCUUGCGAUGGCAUUGGUUUAUUUCGAUCUUUGAAAUUUUAGCUAACACACCGUCGAUAGAAGACAGUGGUUAAAUGAUUUUCGAUAUCCGCGUGACGCAGACAGGAGGGUCGAUACUUUCCCGUACAAAUGAUAUUUCCGGUACCAAAUAGGAGAAUCAGAAACGGCACAGUGACAACUUCAGGUCUUUAUAUGAAGUGGUGCAAAUAGUUUCAUUUAGGCCACUAGAAUUGUUCUCGGCUGUAUCACACAUUUUCAGCUUCUAACAAUCAAUUACCAACGCAGUAGUGCCUCAAGCAUGUAAACUCGGAAGUCAUUGUAAGUGGGCUUGGAACAAUAAGAGGGUCACCACUACGGGACCCUGUUGGAUUUUACCAACGUGGCCAGCUUUCACAUGGUGCAAGAACGUGCUGUUAGUGCAGCUAAAUUCGAUUUGUUCUGGAAUGGAUGCCGAUUCAAACAAGCUGUCCCGAUGGGACCACAUUGAACGUGACGAAUAUAAAGAAGUUCUGCUAGACUUCGUGGAAAAAGACAUAGGAAGCGCGAAAGGCCGUCGGGCUGUAAUACGAAGUCUGUUCAUGUUGCUAUGGCUGCCGUUAUUUGCUUUGACGACAUUUGCCUCACUGGCACUAUACCAACCGGAUGUGUCCCUUUGGAUCCUUGACCAUCCGACCAUUGCAAAUGCGUCAUUCAUAGUCAUGCCGCUACUACAUUUUCUGCUGAUUUUUUGUCCGCCCGUCAAGACGUCGACACCACUUACCUUGCUGGUAUUGGCCGUAUUCAUUCUGGAUUUCGCCUAUGUCGAAGCCGCGCUAUCCGUUAUUUACGAAACAUACUGCGCAUUCAUGACCAACUUGAUCUGCCUAUUGACGUGCACUCAGAUCGUCAUUCUGUCGAUGACUCUGUUGGACCUGACCACGGCACUGGGGGUGCUCAUCAUUUUCUCAGGCCACAUUAUUAACUACGUCGUUGUGGCUGCCGCAGUGACAGCGUCUAUAGUAGACAAAGCCAUUACAGGUGGGGCAGUUCUUUUCUCUGCUAUGGUAAUGGUUUACAAAGUGCGAAUUAUCAUUGCCGACCUAGCACCGGAACACUUCAUCUGAAAAGUAGCUCGGCGAUCGGUUAGGUCAGUACUAGCUCGCAAUUCACUACGACUGCCGAUUCCAUUUGAUAACGUACAGCGUACGAUCGAUAACAGACGGGCGAGGCUUACACAAGAAUAUUUUGUCUAAAUAUCCUUGUCGAUUUUGAUACGGUUUAUCGCAUGCUUCGUUCCAGCACCGCAAACCUGUAUCUUGCACACUUAACCACUACCGACGGACCGGUUAUUCUCCAUAUUGUUACGAGCAAAUAUAAUAACCUCAAAUGUUGGAAGCAGAGCGUCGAUUUUAUGUCACAACCCAUAAUGCAGGUCGUGUUACCAUCACCAUAUUUGAUCUUAUCCAUUUCUUGGACAUCGUCUAUCUACCUACUCGUUUGAUCUGAGACAGAAUGGGAAAAACAAUUACAUUCAUCGAAGGUAGAUUCCUGCAAAGAAAUAGAGCAUCAACUGCAUAAUUAACCUCCUUACACACGUUUGACAACAACAACAACACCACUUCCUACACCCGGGACAUGGGCUUCAUUAUAUUCGAUGAAUUGGAACCUGUAGUCAUGUAAGUCAGUAAACACCACUCCAAUAGAAGAAGGAUACUAAACUUAACAUUGCAAGUAUUAUGAUGCCCAGUACUGGGCCGCUGUGAAGCGAAAUCCUUUACGAUACAUCUCAAACGUCCUUUUCGUAGGAACAAGCAAUCCAAAGUAGCAGGGUUAUUAUCAUUAUUAUGUAUUUUAUUUUAAUAGCUUGAACGCGUGCCAAAUAGGUGUCUCCCGGACCUGGUUUUUCCAGCGCACUCUGACAAAGUGAUCAUGCGCAGGAACGGCAAUACCUUUACAGGCAGUCUUUCCGCUCUGAACUGGCAGUUCCGAUUUUCCAUUCGGAAUAGCGCAGUACUUAGGAGGAACUCAUGUGUGGAAACACCAAAUGCUCCCUUUAAGAGUUAGCCACUUCGCUAUGUGCCGGGAUUCACAGGAUCAAAAAGCAGAGCAACUUCCCUUCCGGUCGAGGUUUCGGAUGUUGUACAAGACUUGAAAAGCUUUUAGCUUAAUAGAAGUCGAGCAGUAAAGUAUCUUAAAUAAUGGAUUGUCGUUAAGUUAUGCCAGAUGAAGGCAGAGUAUCACGAGGAUUUGUCUUCUUAUAUCCUAGUGGUCACCACAUGAGCCGCGUAUAUGGUUUACCGAAUAUCUCUCACAGAAAAUUCGUAUGUUAAUUUUUAAUUGUAUUGCCGAGUUGUACUGAACCAGGUUGAUGACAAUAUUUCUAAAAAAUACGAGGAUCGUAUCUCGGUAUGACCUGGUCGUGAAUGUUGUGUUUAUCCGAUCUCAACCGAAGUUAAAAUCGGGAAUGUUGGAUUGAAGCCUGAACAAAGAUAACUGAGAAGGUCGAGUAUAGUUUAUAAAAACUUUGUAACCUAGUAUAAAUCAAUAUUGACAAAUUAAUUUAGAGAAACAGAACAAUAUGAUCUAACUGCACGAUACAGUGUUUCCUAAAAGGCAGUUCUUGCAAAGAAGUGGCUACAUAAUAAAUCUGUCUCUUUGUGAGAUUAUCGUUUGCGUAUUGAACAAAUACUAGGAACCUGCAGGCCUAUGUUAUAAAAAAAAAAAACAGUGAUACUCGUAUAUAAACAGUUGAACGAACGCAAUACUCGGACUGUUGAGUUUGUGGUAGAAACCAGACUACGGGCACAGGGCACUGCAUGAAAUGUCAACUUUUGAUCUUAUUUAUUUAUUAUUAUUUUUAUUUAUUUGACUGUUUUUUUCUUUCAAUAUAAAAAAAUUCAGAAAAAAAAGUCACAGAGAGUACCGAAAAAGAUAUUACUAGACUAGGGCUAGGAUAGCUUUUGCAGAUAAGCUGUGAAGAUUUGCAUUAACUUGUAACGUGACGAAUAAUACUUCAUCCGUACAGUUUAGUAAUGGUUGACGCAUCCAAAAAAAAAUAACUUUUACUUAUAAUACGACGCCGUAGUCGUUCUACUGCUUUGAGUUGAUCAUAGUAGAAUUUGCUCAAUGGCUAGAGACAAUCUUGUGCGAUUUUCCUAAGGCAGAAAGAUAGGUCGUUAGUAUCUUUUAUUUAACACACCUUUAUUAUUGACGUCAGAAGCUGUGCUUCGAAAAUCACAAAAAUUCUGGAUAUAUUGCAUUGUUAUCCUCGGUAUAUAUACAUGAACUGUGUACUCUUUUGAGAGUUAUGAAGAGGUAAAAGUUCGUAAAGGGGCCAGAGCCUUUUGGUGUUUCAAACUACUAUUCGAAAGAAAAAUGAAGUAUGCACAAGGUUCCGAUGAAUACUAUCAUUGAUUAAUGCUAUUUAGAUUUUAUAGUCAUCAUGAAUACACGAGCAUCUGUAUUUUCCGCUAAUAAAUGGCUAGAAUUUAAAAAAAACUUGAUGGUUUAGCUUUUGGACUUUUGAACCAUAUAUACGUGAAGCUCUUUAGGCGUUUGAUCAUAGAAUUAGCUUAGUUAGAACUACAGAGAAGAUUAAAUCACAGGCGUACACCAUCUAGCUCAAAGCUUAAGUUACCUUCUUCUACGUAAUAAGCUUCCCACACCAAUUUAUCAAGGAGUUUUUAGUUAGUUAGGGUCCUAACGUUAGCGAACAUA